AUGGCCGCACGAGAACUGCUAGUUGUCAUUCUGAAUCACACCAACGAAGAACUCAAUAUCGAGCCUGAAUCCCCGAGUCUAGAUCACGGUGACUGGAUGGAAACUUCAGAAUCUCGGCCGCCGCAACAGAUACUAGCAGGAGAAAGUGGCAUGAUGCGAUGCAAGUCGAGCCACGUGUAUGGUACAAUCGAUGGGUCUGUUUCUUACCGAGUGGUGGGUGUGGAGAUGAACAACAAAGUGGCCAUUUCAUGGAGUAUACCACUUGUCGGCCCAAACAAAUACGAUUGGUCUUGCCCACGAGAUCUUUUUAAUAUUAAAGUUUUGGGUGGACGGGGAAAUCAGGCUGUUACUGUGUUUGUAAUUGAACCCGUCCGAGACACUGACGCGAGGUUGGACGAUGGUUUGUUCGGUGUAGUUUGA